UUGAAGCUAAAUGUAAUGAUUAUCGUGUUUCUACAUGUAUACUAAUAUUCAGACAUAUGCAGUUGUUUCUAUAUUUAUCUAUAAAUGUUAUUAUGGUGUGAACGGGAAAUACUAUUGGUUUUUGAUUGAAAUAAUACAGCGAAUACAAGGUUAUUGAGGAAAAUGGUACAUAUUGCUGCUUAAAGCAUACUGAAACCUUGUACUAAAUGGUUUUUAGUCAUUUAUGCGAAUUUGGGAAAAUCUACUAGAGGUUAAGUGCACUUACGUUGUGUAGACAAAUUUAAAGCAGGUACUUUGUCUAAUUUUAACAAAUUAAUGUUUUGUUCUUAAUGUUUAUCAACCUGAUCUAUUGAAAUGAGAUCAGUGCUUGACUUGGACAGGAACUCACCGGAGCUGAGUACCAUCACCUCAAAUGUCUACUGUUUGAGCUCAUGUUCCUCUUAUAGGAUAUUAGCUCAACAGUAUUGUGGAGCUCCUGAACCUAAAAAUGAGUACCGGCACAUAUUUCAGUCCAAGUCAAGCGCUGAAUUAGAUGAUUGAACAAGAAGAAAUAUAAUGUAUUUAAUAGAGAAUAAAGUGCCAGAACUGUCAAGACAAACUUUUUGUGUCUGUUUCUCAUUGUUACUACAGGACGACUAGAAUUACGUCUGAGGCCGGUAACAUCAACAGUGAGGACAAACCCAGCCUGCCUCUCUCCUUCCACACGGAGUCCAAACCUACAGUCACUGGGUCCUGAUUGUGACAGUGGAGCCCAGUUUUCACUGCAGGAUCCAGAGAUGGCAUCAGUGAAGCUGGAAGACUGCAGUCAAACACUGGAGCUGAAUGUCAACAUUAAAGAUGAAGAAGAGAAGAUUGGGAAAUCUCUUUCUCAUGGAGACCAUGUUGAGACAUUCUCUACAUCCGGAGAGCAGCUGGAAGAUCGCAGAGCUAAGAGGUCUCACCACUGCCCACAUUGUGAGGAGAAUUUUUCAGUUAUAUCAACACUAAAAAUACACCUAAAAAUACACCUAGGAGAGAAUCUGUAUUCCUGCACUGACUGUGGGAAGAGUUUCUCAACAUCAAAGGUUCUAACAGUUCAUCAGAGAGUGCAUACAGGAGACAAGCCGUACUCCUGCUCUGACUGUGGAAAGAGUUUCUCUCAAAUGGGCACCUUAAAACGACAUGAACGUGUACACACAGGAGAGAAGCCUUACUCUUGCUCUGACUGUGGAAAGAGUUUCUCUCGACCCGAUGACUUAAAAACACACAAACGUAUACAUACAGGAGUGAAGCCUUACUCCUGCUCUGACUGUGGAAAGAGUUUUUCUCGACUGGGCCACUUCAAAACACAUAAACUUAUACAUACAGGGGUGAAGCCUUACUCCUGCUCUGACUGUGGAAAGAGUUUCUCUCAACUGGGUGAAUUAAAAAUACACCACCGUAUACAUACAGGAGUGAAGCCUUACUCCUGCUCUGACUGUGGAAAGAGUUUCUCUCAACUGAACAGCGUGAAAACACAUGAACGUAUACACACAGGAGAGAAGCCCUACUCCUGCUCUGACUGUGGAAAAAGUUUCUCUAAACUGGACAACUUAAAAAGACAUGAACGUAUGCAUACUGGAGUGAAGCCAUACUCCUGCUCUGACUGUGGAAAGAGUUUCUCUCGACUGGGCCACCUAAAAACACAUGAACGUAUACAUACAGGAGUGAAGCCUUAAUGCUGCUCUAAUUGUGUAAAAUGCUUCACAUCAACUCACCUAAAAGUUCAUCAGAGAACACACAAGAGGCCUGCUCUUUCCAUGAAAUAGACUGACCAGGUGAACCCAGGUGAAAACUAUCAUCGUUAAUGAUGUUGUUUUUAUUAUGGAUUUAUUAUGGAUCCCCAUUAGCUUCCAGCAGAAAACAAGAGACUGCAGUUGCAGUGGGCUAAGUAUUGAAAAGACUGGACGCUGGAGAAUUUGAAAAACAUACUACCUGGUCUGAUGAAUCCCUGGUUCCUGCUGUUUCAUGUUGACGGGAGGACUGGGGUAAUGAUACCUUAAAAAAAUGACUCAAGUGAAAGUCACCCAGUAAAAUACUACUUGAGUAAAAGUA